AUGUCCGCAGUCCCCGAAAUCGUCACAGCCAUCGACCACUGGCGCGACCUCUCCAAGUACAUCUCCGCCCACCGCCCGGGCGUCCGCCCGGAGUCGAACUACACGCCCGUCCACGUGCGCAUCCGGUGCGCCAUCUGCAAGACGUCGCACCUCGACCUGCCGCCGUGGGUGACGUCGGACCACGGACCGCGCGCCGCCGGCGCCGCCUCCCCGCACCCGACCGAGCCGCCGUGCGUCGUCCCCGGCUGCGCGCACCUCGUCGGCUGGGGCUGCAUGGAGGAGCGGCUCGGGCGGGACGGGGGGCGCCAGGCCUGCCCCGUCUGCGGGCGCGCGCUCCGGUACGCCUGCGGCCACGCGAUCCCCGUCGGGCCCGUGCCGCGGCUGGCGGCGGACCGGCGCGUCCAGGACGUCGUGCCCGGGACGCGGGCGUGGGUCCUGGACGAGGACACGGGGGAGAUCGUGGAAGCCGAGGGCGAGGGGGGCGAGGAUGGCGGGCGGGAGGAGUCGCAUGUCAGGGGCCAGUGCCGCGCUUGUCGCCGUGAGUCGCUGCGGAGGAAGGCCGCGGAGCUGCUGGACAUUGGGUUCGGGAAGAGGAGUUGUGAUACUCCGGGAUCCCAGAGGACCUCCCCGGCGGACUACCGCGAAGAGUUGUGUACACGGAUGCUUGAUGAGAUUCUGGGCAAGAUGGACGCGUAUCAGGAGAGCUUGGUGCUAUGGUAG